AUGCAGAGACCAAGAAGUGUCAAGGGCGUGCUGACAAGCGGAAAAAAACUCCGACAACUUCAGAAACGCUACUUGCUAAAGCAGCCAGAAGACUUGACCAUUCUCCUUGACAACGACAUCCAAUAUCUUUGCAAAGAGAUCGAAAUACUCAACAAGCGUUGCCAGCAUAUGCGCCGCACCCGCGUUCAACCAUCACAACCUGCAAACGACGUAUGGCAUACAGCAGUAGAAUACUUUCGCUUGAUCGGUCAUGGACUUCAUCUCACCAACAACCAGCUCGGCUUUGUGCGAGAUAUGAUGGCUCCAGAUGUGGUAAUCAACUCAGAAUACGGCCCGGAGGCUAUUAUGCAGCACUGGUGCUUUAUGGACUGGUUCGGCGACGUGAAUGUGGAACUCAAAGGGUGGGAGGAGACGGACGGCGAGUCGCUGCUGGGAAUCACAACUACCAGCGUGAUCAUCACGAAACACACUCUGCGCAACGUGUUUCCACACUUGCGCACCACCGACAACAGCGAUCGGAACGGUAAGCUAGCAGAGCAGCUUCUGAACCAACGACUUGUUAUGCGCGGGUCAACGUGUUUCGAGUGGGAUGACUCGACUAGCCGCAUGACAAGGGUGGUAUCCCAGAGCGACAUGUUGUCGCCGAUGUUGCAGCUACUUAACAGCGUGGAGGACGUAUCUCUGGUUUUUGAACAGGCACUCAUUUCCCCGGACUUUCAGUGGAAGCGGACGUUGUAUUACAACGCUUUUCCUCUGCGAUGCAGUGCGAACCAUUCAUCAAUCCCUAAACUUUAUUAG